AGAGAGAGAGAGAGAGAGAGAGAGAGAGAGAGAGAAUCACCUGCCUCAUUUCCCCCAUAGAGAGCGACAGGAUCCAGUUCAGUCUGUUGACGCAGGGAGAAGUUGCUGAUAUUCCUCCUCAGGGCUGUCCGGUUUUUAAUCCAUGGUGGUGUAAAGAAGCCGGUUUGAACAGGGAUUGACGGAUUGUGGGAUUAAGGAGCAGAAAUGAAGGCUACCUCUUUAUCACAGGACAGUGAGACGUUAACCUUAUCCAGGCUUAGACAAAGACACAGAGUUUCACUUCACUGGUAGUGUCCUGCAGCCAGCCUGGGGAGAAACAAGGCAUCGGCUGUUGCACGCUGACCAAAGCCAAGAAAAAAGUGUGCUUUGUGAAUGCUUGCUAUUCAGACACAUCUCCUGUAGCCCUCCGGAGCCUGACACCAAAGGAUACAGCUUCACUCUGGAUCAGACUGUGAACCCAGAGGGCCUUGACAACUGGCAUGAUCCGGCAAUCUGGAAGGUUGGAGCCCUGUUCGCUUUAUUCAGAGCUUUAUAUGAACUGUUCGGGAAACCAAGAGGAUAUUUAAUCAAGGUGGAACGCACAGGUGUUGCUCUCGUCCCCUUCCCGGGCAUCGGCGGUAUUCCUGUCUUCUCAUUACAGGCAACAUGUCGGAGCUAGACGACUUCCCACCUCCUCCUCCUCGAGGCCUGAACCAAGCCGAUCCAUCCCGUAUUCAGCAGGACAUCCUGGAGGAGCAGGUGGAGCUGUGGUGGUUCAACGAGCCACGGAAGUCUCUGUUGUGUUACAUCGCCUCCGUGGCCUUGGUGGUGGGCUGCGGCGUGGGUGGCGUCGGCUUGCUGUCCAGCACGACCAGUCUGUCAAGCGAGUGGCGUCUGGGUGCGGGUACGGCACUGUGCAUGCUGGCGUUAGCCGUGGUGCUCAAGCAGCUGCUCAGCUCAGCCGUGCAGGACAUGAACUGUGUGCGCAGCCGGCAGCGCAUAGACAUUCUAAAAAGCGGAGGCUUGUCUGACGUGCUGGUGGUGCUCCUCACUGGACUUUCCUUGCUUAUCUGUGGAGCUGUGCUGCUCAACGUGGCUCUGGGGUACCACAUGCCCAAACCGGGCCAGGCUCUCAAUGAUAUGUUUAUAUCAGGAGUGGUGUUGUUGGCAGGUGGAGGGUUCACUGUGGUGGCUGUCACCGUUUACUCAAUUGUGGUUUUCCCUUUGGCAAGGACAAGACCAGAGCGGAGAUUUAGAGACAGAAUGCUGGGAAUUUUCACUGUAUCGGGGCAGAUGCGUUCCCGACGGGAGACAGCGUCAAGUCUGGCACAACUCAUAUGACUGUGGAAUUCUAUAUAUCAUGUAUAUAUAUGUAUAUAGCUUGAACAAAAGUAAAGAUUCUAUAAAGAAUCCGAGUGGUUAUAUGUUUAAAUCUUUAUUCUCCUCCAGAAGUGGACCUACACUCCAGAAGAAACACAGCCACUGGAGAAUAUUUUGCACAGAUUGAUUGAUGAAUGUAUAAAACUACAGCAAUGAUGGUACAAAAUACAUACUGUAUUAUUAUCUAUCUUUUAUUGUGUACACAUACUGAUCUCACUGUGCUCUGGGGGGGUGACAUGGUCGAGACCACGUUUACGGCUCUUCCUCCCGGCCCCAAAGCUCUUUUUAUCGUUGUGCACCGCGGGGUUUUACACAAAUCUACGAAAUAAUGAAUUCUUUUUUAGAUAAAACAUGCUGGCUCCUCACAGCACAACCGUCGCCUUCACGAACAUGUUAAUGAGCUUCACCAAACAUCAAUUCACCAUCUGUGGGGAAUCGACUGUGCGUCCUUCACACCUUUUAUUUAUGUGGGCGAAUAGGCGUGUCCCAAACGGAGCUCCAUCUGGACCUUGCUUGUCAGAGCUGUUUAAUGUGUGUUAGAACGGAUCACAGCCGUGUCAGUUUGCAUGUUUGUGAUUUCAUACCGUGACCUCUCGGAAGCUCGGCGAUAGCAGCCCGCGCUGUGGAUCAAAAAACGCCAGCUCUCCACCCAAAAAAAAAGAGCCGAAGACACUGAUUGCGUCUGAUUGUAUUUUAAAUGACAGAUGUUUAUUAUUAUCGCUCAGCACUUUUAUCGACUCUCGAGUCAUUUAAUAUUACAGUAAGCACAUUUAUAAUCCUCAAACUUUAUCACAUACCGUAACUCUUGAUCAAGCCGGAGGGCUGAAUAAAAAAGUGUUCUGAAUCAAGAUUGAGUGUGUAUGAGCAAAAAAAAAAAAGUUCUCCAAGAUUUUUAUUUUAAAGUCCAGUAUGUAAUAUGUAAUUAAAAUGUCAUUGUGUCGGAUGGAUUCAUGUAGAGGGUUUAAGUGUGAAUUAAAACUCACCAAUUUUUUUUUUUAAUUUGAAAAUAAAGAAAUAAAUGAAUAAACAAAUAAAUCAAUAAAAUAGUCAAAAUAUGAAGAA